AGGCGGCAGCGGGCGAGCGAGGCGCAGGCAUGGCUUGGCUGGGGCUGCAGCCGCGGCUGUUGCUGGCCCCGGGCUCCGCUCUGCUCCUCCGGCAGUGCCUGGCCUGCAGGAGCUACGCCAAGAAGCCCGUGAUGAAAGCUAAAGGAAAAUCCUUGCCCAAAGACGCUUUCAAAGGCCCCGAGAUCUGCAAAGACCCUGUGCUGCUCACCUCCCAUGCCAUGGGAGCAAACAUCUACAAGGAAGGACCGGAAGUGGCGCUGAAGCCGGACUCGGAAUAUCCGGAAUGGCUUUUCCAGAUGCAUCUUGGGCCCCCCAAGAAGCUGGGAGACCUCGAUCCGGAGUCCCGUGAAUACUGGCGUUUGCUACGGAAGCUGAAUGUCAAGCAAAAGCAGAAACUAGCCAAGGUCUGGGCGCUUUGAUCCAGAUGGCUGGGAGACGGAACGCCGAGGCUUCUUGGAAGCUCUGGACUGCUUUAUUAUUCGGAUUCUCCUCCUUCCUCUAGCGUAAAGGUUGACCAAUAAACAGCCCUCACUUCUGCAGGGCGCAUCGUA